CUACUGCUGCUCCUCCUCCUGCUGGUGGUGCGGAUCGUGGAGCGGCCGGAACGUUCUGGCCGGAGUGUGUCAGUCGGUUGGCGAGUCUUAUCCUGUCGGCGUUGCUUCGGUGUACACGUUGCGGGUGUAUGACACUGCGGCGACGGGCAGCGAAGCCGAUAGCGAGCCGAUAGCGCAAGCCAGCGUGAGUCAGAUCGGUAGCCGACGAGGAGAAGAGGGUGCGGUAUUGUCGGUCGGUGGGUCCCGCUGACCAAUCUCUCGUCGUCGUCGUCGGUGGCGGCGAGUCUGCUGAUCACGCGCUACUAGUCCAUGUGCUCUGCUGCUGACUAAAAUGCUCAUCAAGGAAUUCCGUGUCACUCUGCCUCUCACAGUGGAAGAGUAUCAAGUAGCUCAACUGUACUCUGUAGCAGAGGCUAGUAAAAAUAAUACAGGUGGCGGAGAAGGCAUUGAAGUAUUGAAGAAUGAACCGUUUACGGAUUACCCAUUGCUCGGUGGAAAGUACUCAUCAGGCCAAUAUACAUAUAAGAUUUAUCACUUAGCUAGUAAAGUGCCUGCUUUCAUUCGCAUUUUACUGCCAAAGAACUCGCUGGAGAUCCAUGAAGAGGCUUGGAACGCUUAUCCCUAUUGUAAGACAGUCAUAACUAAUCCAGGGUAUAUGAAGGAAAAUUUUAUGAUCAUGAUAGAAUCCUUUCAUAUUGGCGACAUCGGCAAUCAACAUAAUGUUCACGAAUUGCCGCCCGACAAGCUUAAGAUCAGAGAGGUAGUGCAUAUAGAUAUUUCCAAUGAUCCGGUUGCCAGUGCCGAUUACAAGGAGGACGAGGAUCCGUCUAAAUUCAAGUCCCUGAAGACGGGACGGGGUCCACUUGUUGGGAAAGACUGGAAGCAUAAUGUACAACCUGUGAUGACGUGCUACAAGCUAGUCACUUGUGAAUUUAAAUGGUUUGGUCUGCAGACCCGCGUCGAAAGUUUUAUUCAAAAGGCGGAGCGACGCCUGUUCACCAAUUUCCAUAGGCAAGUGUUCUGCUGGAUAGAUCGCUGGUACGGCUUAACCAUGGAAGAUAUUAGAGCAAUCGAAGACAAUACGAAAGAAGAAUUAGACAGGCAAAGACAUCAAGGUGAAGUACGGGGUAUGCGAGCUGACGAUUGAGGCUUCGAUAGCUUCUAUUAUGAAUGGUUAAAUCAAUUUCCUUAUACGUGUCAACACAAAUACAGGCGCAUACCUACAGAUGUACACCCUGUUACGCUCUGUCAUAGACGAUUCCACAGGAUUCGGACGAUUUCUGGAAUUUACGUGUCUAGAUUCAGUGUCUAUUACAAAUUACUUACUAUUUUAAUUUAUUUUACAUUUACAAGCGUUUUAGAUAAAUGUAUCUACAGUCAAAGAUUAUAUUAUAAUAUAGUUAUUAUAAAAGAGAAAAAGAGACAAAUGGAAAGAAUCAGGCUCAUCUGGUUCUCUUGUUUAAUGCAUAAUUACGGAAAGAAUUUGGUUUUUUUGUGAAAACCAUCAUAGAUAAAGAGUUAUGAUUACUUAACAGCAGUUCGUAGUUCGAUAAUAAUAGAUAUUGGAGUUCAAUUAACGAAGGAAAUGCUUGCAAAGUAAAGAAGAAAAAAACGAAAGAAAAAUGUGAUUUAACACCGUGAGUUUGAUCGUAGUUAAAUAGUUAAAAAUUCCACAGUUUCAUAUAUUAAUGUACAAUUGAAAAAUCUAAAUGUUGCAUAUUAAUGAUCUGUAUUUCGAAUCAUUAUUUCAAUCACAAAAGUGUGAUGUAUUAGAUCGUGUAUUUUUCAGAAGGAAAGUAGUCGAGAAUAUUUUCUCAAUUCUAUGAAAGUGUAUAUGUGGUCAGAAAGCUCGAUUCGAGAAAAGUUCUAAGGAUCUUAAAUGUAUAUCGAUAGUUGUUUUACGAGAUUUUUUAUGAUCUCAAGAGGCAAAGGUACUACGAUAGAUUUCGACCUAUAACGUUCUUCUAUUCUUACCGUUCCGUUCGUUCGUUACCGACGAGCGCGAGACGCGUGUACAUGUACCGAUCCCCUAAAGAGUUAGGACCAAACUGAUGGAUUUUUUAAUUAUACUGCGAUGUUAACGAACAGUUACGUAUUAACAGAUAGCACUCUAAAUUGUUUACUGAGGACGGGAGAGAUGGUAUAACCUAUGUAAAGUGCUCACACACACAAACACACCAAUAUACAUAAACACACAUAUGUAGAGAAGCAGAGUUUAGGCUAUUUCAAUAUGAUGACAGCGGGUGAACGGCGAAAGGAUGCGUUAUUGUAUAUAUAUAUAAAAAGAAAGAGGUAUACACAAUGAAAUUCAAUUUAUAUAUAUGUUUCUUUGCAUUCCAAUGGAUCUCUGAGUACAACCGACAAAGUAUUUUGAGACGCUGCUCGUAACCCAUUACAGGCUAUUACGAUUUAACUUUUAAUUCCUUUUUCGAUAUAUUAUAUUCUAUGAAAAAAAAUCGUGACAAAGAAUAAUUAUGUAAUUUUGUCAUAACAAGAAUAAAGAUCGUUAUACGAAAACUAUCUUAAUCUGAAAAUAAUAUAUUUCAAUUUUCUCAAAAAAUUGAAUCCUAAAACGAAAUGAGAGUAAGGAGUCUUAGUGGGUUGAACACCAAAAUGUGAAAUCGCAGCAGCGUUCUCACUUAGCGAUAGGAUCUCUAAUUAAAUAUACGAUUAAAGAUUGAGAAAGCAAAUAACAAAGUAUAAUUUACUGUCAUUUGCACAAAGUAAAUGUAUUUUCUCGUUGGCGAGGCAUGUAGUUUAAGAUAGCUUUUAUCUUCGUAUUUACGUACGAGCAGUAGUAGCCGCGAUGGUGUACACGUAGUAUUUGUACUCAAUGCACCAGACACAUGUGAGAAACAGAGAAAACUGAACACGUAUUUAUUCGCUAUUUUAUCGACGAGGGAAAACCGAUCGAAAGGCACACAUCAGUGUCGUUCAAACAAGCUUGUAAUGGAAUCCGUCUUUGUUCCACGACUGCGUUGUUCGUUUUGUUAGACAUGAAAGUUUCACACAUGUACGCGAGAUUCGCACAUUAUACCUGUUAUCCUAACAAUAGUUACUUAAAUAAAUAGGCUCUAGCUGUUCCUAGACAUACGA